AUGGAGCAUAAGCAGGCGAAAAAAACAGAUAGCAGUGGUGGUAACAUCUGUAACCUCAGCAAUGACAGCGAUUAUGAGGGAAAAGGUAAAAGGACUAAGGUUGGGGAUGGUUUCUCAAAAGGGAAUAAACUGCCAGGGCACCACGAAGUCACGAGUGAAAGCUUGCGGGAAGACAAUUCAGACACUUCAAAAGGGAGCAGACGAGAUGAACUCAGGGACGGUAUAAGCAACGACUUAGUCGAUCAUUUGAUAGAGGGGAUGCCCAUCGAAAAUGCCGAUGAUGAGGAUAUGGGGGAUGGAAAUAGUUGCGGACGUGAGAACAGCUACGAACCGGAGAAAAACUUCCACCGUGAGGACAGCCACCCCGAAGGAGUAAACUGGAGCGAUGAUUUGAGCCUCCUGUGUAGAAGCUUCGAUAGCGGAAGCGACGAGCAGUCGGAUGACCCCCCGGAUGACAGCAUCGCAGAAUUUAUAAUAAAAAAAAAAAUUUAUGAAAGGAACAUUGCCAUGAUUGAGAAACAAAUACAGACGAAUAAGCUGAACAAGCUCACGCGGGCACGGGAGGCUCUUCUAGGGAUGAUGGUGUUAAUAAAAAAUAGGAAACUGAGCUUGAGGUGA